AUGCCCCGGCCCGGUAAGAGCUCGUACAGCGAGCAAAAGCCUCCGUACUCAUACAUCUCACUGACAGCCAUGGCCAUCCAAAGCUCAGACGAGAAGAUGCUGCCGCUCUCGGACAUCUACAAGUUCAUCAUGGAACGCUUCCCGUACUACCGCGAGAAUACACAGCGCUGGCAGAACUCACUGCGCCACAACCUCUCCUUUAAUGACUGUUUCAUUAAAAUCCCGCGUCGGCCCGACCAGCCCGGCAAGGGCAGCUUCUGGGCACUACACCCGGCGUGUGGCGACAUGUUUGAGAACGGAAGCUUCCUGCGUCGCCGCAAGCGUUUCAAGCUUUCCCGCCCCUCGCCAUCGCUGCCCCCACGCCCGCCCCCGGACCCGCGGCACGCGCACUACCACAGCUAUGGUCUCCACAGCAACCAGCCGCCGAGCUUCAAACACCCAUUUGCCAUUGAGAACAUCAUCGGGCGUGAAUGCCGGGGCGUGAUGCCCAGCUCGAUGCCCAUCGCCUCUGUCAUGAGCCAGCUGGGGUACCCUCUGCCCACACAGUUCUGGCCGGGCAUGGGGCCCCUCUCCUCAGAGUACCCCUCUUUCAGCCUGCCAGUCAAGAGCCUGUACCCGCCCGCCAGUGGCCAGGGGAUGCCCGCUGUGCCCAUGCCUAUCAAGCCCACACCGACUCUCGGGACGCUGGGCAUCCAGCGCUGCCAGGACAGCAGCCAGGUCAAGACAAGCUGCCUGCACCCCUCACUGCUUCUGCCUUAG